AUGGCUGAGAUCCGCCGUAAACUUGUCAUUGUUGGGGAUGGUGCAUGUGGGAAGACUUGUCUGUUGAUUGUUUUCUCCAAGGGAACCUUCCCUGAGGUCUAUGUCCCAACUGUUUUUGAGAACUACGUGGCCGAUGUUGAGGUCGAUGGAAAGCAUGUCGAACUGGCACUUUGGGAUACGGCUGGCCAGGAAGAUUACGACCGUCUCAGACCCCUCUCGUACCCUGAUUCACAUGUUAUUCUUAUCUGCUUCGCUAUUGAUUCCCCUGAUUCGCUCGACAACGUUCAAGAAAAGUGGAUUUCUGAGGUUCUACACUUCUGCCAAGGCCACCCAAUUAUCCUCGUUGGCUGCAAGAAGGAUCUCCGCCACGACCCCAGAACCAUUGCGGAGUUGACUAAGACCUCCCAGAAGCCCGUCACCCCAGAACAGGGUGAGGAGGUCCGCAAGAAGAUUGGCGCCUACAAGUACCUGGAAUGCUCAGCCCGGACAAAUGAUGGAGUUCGUGAGGUGUUCGAGUCCGCUACUCGGGCAGCACUUUUGGCAAAGAAGGAUAAGAAAUCGAAAUGCAGGAUCUUGUAA